AUGCGUUCCUUCGCAGUGAUAGUGGCUGCGCUGCAGGCAACAGCUACGGCAUCGACUCUCACUCCGCCCGUUCUGCCCUUGAUCGUGCGUAAUCCCUACCUCAGCACUUGGCUGGGAAAUGCUCGCGAUGUGCCGUGGUCCAAAUGGCCCAUGUUCUACACCGGGGAAGAGCUGGGCUUGUCCCUGAUGGCUCAGAUCCCCAGCACGGGCGUCGUCUAUCCGCUUUUAGGAAAGCCUCAUGAUUCCCUAUCCUCUGAUUCAGAGUCUACCCCGAUCGAAUACCCCAUCUAUCUGGGCGCCCAUUACGACGCCUCGACGACCAAUUUAACCUAUCGCAUCGAUGCGGUGACAUCCUCCGCUGCAGUUCCCCUGGAGAUCACGGUCUCGUUCCUAUCCCCCAUCACUCCCACAUCGACUCUGCGGCAGUCGAUCCCCGCCUCGUAUGUGACAAUUCAUGUCCGUGGCGAUGUGGGUGUCAAUGUCUACAUGGACGUCAACGGUCGCUGGGUAAGCGGAGAUGCGGGCAGUAAAGUCACUUGGAAGUACGACGAUAGCCUGAACUCCAAAGAUGACAAACCGACGCUGCAACGAUGGCAAUUGCGGAGACAGACCGAAAUGUUGUUCUCCGAGAUCAGGGACCGAGCGGAAUGGGGUACUCUUUACGUCACGGGUCCUUCAGAUGCCCUUUAUGAAUCGGGAGAGUCCUCGGCUGUGCGACACGCUUUCGCCUCCAGCGGAGCCCUGCGCAAUAGAAAUGAUGACGCUUUCCGCGCGAUUGGGGAUCGAGAGCCCGUGCUGGCCUUCUCCAAGCCUUUCAAUGUCUCCCGAACGACAGGGGAUAGCGUGACCUUUACCAUUGCACUGAUUCAAGAUCCCGUUGUCCAAUUUGCCUCAGCCCGUGGACUGACGCUGAUGCGACCUCUCUGGGAAUCAUGGUUCUCUAGUGUGGAUUCGUUGCUGGACUUCCACUACCAUGAUCUUGCCAAUGCGAGAACCUUGGCUUCAAAUUACUCCGACCAACUUGCGCAGGAUGCCUACCUAUCAGGAGCUCAUGAUUAUGUAGAUAUUGUGUCACUUUCGGCGCGUCAGGUUAUGGGAGCCACCACUUUCUCGGGAACCCCCGACGAUCCGAUCCUGUUCCUGAAAGAAAUCUCUUCUAACGGCAAUUUCCAGACCAUCGAUGUUAUCUUCCCUACAUUCCCAUUCUUCAUGUAUACCAAUCCCCGGUGGUUGGCAUAUCUCCUGGAGCCCUUGAUCGAGCAUGCGCUGAGUGGACAAUACCCGAAUUCGUAUGCCAUGCACGAUCUGGGAGCGCACUUCCCCAACGCCACGGGCCACCCCGACGGUAGAGAUGAAUACAUGCCUGUGGAGGAAUGUGGCAACAUCAUCAUUAUGGGACUGGCGGUGGCAAACUCGCUGCGUUACCACGAUGACUCCUCUGCAUCAUCGAUCUGGUCAACGCAGGGUGCAUCUCCCCAAAUCCGGGAAGAGUCACUAGGAUACUUCCCUCUUGAAGCACUUCAGAGCAUUGGGGAAAUUGACAGGCAGGAUGGGAAAUGGGGUGGCGGCGCGGAAGGCGAGCACCAGGCGAAGAAGUGGGUUCGACGCAGCUACCGGCUCUGGAAGCAAUGGACUGGGUACUUAGUGGAGUUCUCCCUGGAACCUGAGAAUCAGCUCUCCACGGACGAUUUCGCUGGCUGGCUUGCCCUUCAGACGAACCUGGCACUGAAAGGCAUUAUCGGUAUCAAUGCCAUGAGCAAGCUGGCUGAAUUGGCCGGACAUGAAUCGGAUGCCUCCUAUUACAAGAACAUCUCACAUACGUACAUCAAAAAAUGGGAGGAAUACGGCAUGUCGCGAGAUCAAACGCACGCCAAACUCGCCUAUGACUGGUACGGCUCGUGGACGACAAUCUACAACCUCUAUGCCGACGCGCAGCUCUGUUUCCACCUGGACGCCACGGAUCUCUCGGCGCGUUCUUCCACGUCUCAAUUCCCCCUCCAACCUCCUCAUCAUUCCCAGAAGACCGGCUUUGUCCCACGCUACAUCUACCAGAGACAAUCCAUUUGGUACCACUAUGUGCGACAGAAGUACGGCCUCCCCCUGGACAGCCGCCACCUGUACACCAAGACGGACUGGGAAUUCUUCUCCAUGGCGGUAGCCAGUAAGCCGGUGCGUAGUGAAAUUCUCCAGUCCGUCGCCAAAUGGAUCAACGAAACUGCCACCGACCGUCCCUUAACCGACCUCCACAACACCGAGGGGGACGGCGGCUUCCCUAAUCCUUUCUUCUUUGCUCGUCCCGUGGUUGGCGGCCAUUUUGCUUUUCUGGCCCUCCAGCGUGCCUGUAGCGGUCGUGCCAUGGACGGUCUGGCUUUCUUGGAUCAUGAUGACGAUGACAACCUGGCUGACUGGUCCGUCGCAGCUGCGCAGGCUGUCGCAGAGUCCUAUCAGCCAGUGUUUAUGUCGGAGAGGGAAGAACUGUAA